ACAUUUUUUUCAGUUUCUAGUCAAAAGCAACCAGCGAAAGAAGAAAUCUCUCAAAUCUAAAAGGUUUUAUUUCAUUAUACGAAAUUCAGCAAUCUCCAUUAAUCACGAUCCUCGAUUCAACGAAAAUGAAGAUCCAUGUUGGUGCUCCUCUCCUCACUCUAACGAUCUUCUUCAGUUUCAUUGAAUUAAGUUCACAGUACAAUACAACACUUCUUAAGGAUGCCGUACUGACUGUUGCAGACGACAUGGGUCUCUUUUACACUAUAACCAAUGGAUUAGAUGUACUAGUAAGUGAUAAGCACAAUCAAAAUAUUCACGGGCUAAUAGACAGGAAGGAUAAUAAACUGGUUUGUGCAUUAGAAAAAUAUGGGGACGAUUAUUCGGUGCGUAAAUUAAUGGUAGAACAAACACAAGUUAAAUCCGACGCAUCCGCUACUUUCGAGUGGACUGACACAGACACAAAAUUAUAUCAACUCAAAUUUGACAAAGUGCUUCAGUAAAAGAAUAUUUGACAUUUCUGACAGCACAUCAUUUUUUAUGUCGACACCCGCCCUCGUUCAAGGAAAACCCAAUAUUUCUUUUUUGGUUUGUUAAUUACACGGAUUACUGGUUACAUGGAAAGAAUUUCGCCACAUAAGCAGCGCCACCUACUGUACAGCAGAUGUGCGUAGGUUUGACAAAUUUGUUACACCGAUUUUGGCGCGGCGGACGCCCCACACUAGUUCUACCAAAUAGAGCUCUGCUUGACGCAUGCGCAAUAGUGCACCGAAACAUCUUCGGGAGCACUUAGCCAAACGGCGCAGCAAGUAUGCCAAACGAAUGAACAACAUUCGCUCCAACGAUUAGCAUAACUGCUGUGCUAGUAGGUACCUACAAGUGCUGUCCAGAAAUUCUAUCCGUGCUCUAAAUUCUUAAUUUUUUAUUUAAAUAAUAACAUUCCAACAUUAUUUGGUAUUAGUUUUCUUGUAAAUUCCUUUUCUAUUCACAAGUUUGAAAUGUUCUAUAAUUUGGUAUGUAGUGUGCAAUGAAUUUCUGAAGUAAUUUUAUACUCCACCAAACUCAUUUAAAAUCAAACAAUAAAACUUAAGUUCAUUGAAAAAUAAAAAUCUAUAGAUUAAACCUUAUUCCUAAAUAUUAUAAAAAGGUGGAAAUUUUCUUUACACAUCAAUUCCACACAACGCACGUAAUUAUAUAAACAAUUUAAUUAUUGUAAUUGCCUUACAUUUUACCGUUCUUGUUAGUCAUAAAUCAAAUGUAUAUUUUUUUAAAUGAAAAAUUUUCUGAUCUAAAAAAUUUAAUUUUUACAUAAAUAAAUAUUCACUUUAAAUCUUGUAAAAACAACUUUUUUUGAUUGGAUGUAACUUUUCUUCGAGUGUAUAAUUGCAAGUAGUAAUCAUUUCGGUGUAAAUUAGUUUUAACAUUUUUAUGCGUCUUCGUCUAAAACAUAAUACUUUGUGAUGAGAAAUAUUUACUUGUGUAUUAAAAAAAUAAACGGACAUAAUAU